AUGACUCUAGGUGUGCUUCUGGGGCUUGUUCUCUCAUGUCUGUUUCUCCUUUCACUAUGGAGGCAGAGCUCUGAGAGAAGAAAGCUUCCUCCUGGCCCCACUCCUCUCCCGAUCAUCGGAAAUAUUCUUCAGGUAGACCUUAAGGACAUCAGCAAAUCACUGAAGAAUUUAUCAAAAGUCUAUGGUCCUGUGUUCACUCUGUACUUGGGCAGAAAGCCUGCUGUGGUAUUGUAUGGGUAUGAAUCUGUGAAAGAAGCCUUGAUUGAUAAUGGUGAGGAGUUUGCUGGAAGAGGAAGCAUUCCAGUGUUUGAUAAGAUUAAUAAAGGUCUUGGCAUUGUUUUCAGUAAUGGGAGGAAUUGGAAAGCGAUGAGGCGCUUCUCACUCAUGGCUCUAAGGAACUUUGGAAUGGGGAAGAGGAGCAUUGAGGAUCGUGUUCAAGAGGAAGCUCGCUGUCUUGUGGAGGAAUUAAGGAAAACCAAUGGCUCACCCUGUGACCCCACCUUCAUCCUGGGCUGUGCUCCCUGCAAUGUCAUCUGCUCCAUUGUUUUCCAGAAUCGUUUUGAUUAUAAAGACAAGGAUUUUCUUAACUUAAUGAACAACUUAAAUAAAAAUGUAGAGAUUCUGAGUACUCCUUGGAUUCAGAUUUGCAAUAAUUUUCCUGCUAUAAUUGAUUAUCUACCAGGAAGACACAGAGAGUUGCUUGAAAAUUUUACUUUUUUAAAACAUUAUUUUUUGGCAAAAAUGAUAGAGCACCAAGAAUCACUGGACAUUAACAAUCCUCGGGACUUUAUUGAUUGUUUUCUGAUCAAAAUGGAUCAGGAAAAGAACAACCCAAAGACAGAGUUUACCUGUGAAAACUUGAUCUUCUCAGCAGGUGACCUGUUUGCUGCUGGGACAGAGACCACAAGUACAACACUGAGGUACUCCCUGCUGCUCCUGCUCAAGCACCCAGAAGUCACAGCCAAAGUCCAGAAAGAGAUUGACCAUGUGAUUGGUAGACACAGAAGCCCCAGCAUGCAGGACAGGAGUCACAUGCCUUACACUGAUGCUGUGUUGCAUGAGAUUCAGAGAUACAUUGAUCUCCUUCCUACCAGUCUACCCCAUGCAGUGACCUGUGACAUUAAGUUCAGAAACUAUCUCAUUCCCAAGGGAACCACUGUCAUCGCAUCAAUGUCAUCAGUGCUACAUGAUGACAAAGAAUUCCCCAACCCAGAGAGGUUUGAUCCUGGUCACUUUUUAGAUGAGAAUGGCAAGUUUAAGAAAAGUGACUACUUUGUUCCUUUCUCAACAGGAAAACGGAUUUGUGUGGGAGAAGGUCUGGCCCGAAUGGAGUUAUUUUUAUUCCUGACCACCAUUUUACAGAACUUUAAUCUGAAAUCUCCAGUUGACCUGAAAGACCUUGAUACCAGUCCAGUCAACAAUGGAUUUGUUUCUGUGCCACCCGAGUUUCAGAUCUGCUUUACUCCCAUCUGA